AUGAAUAUUCGUCCACCAAUUUUCUCGAUGUAUAUUCAGGCUAGCGGUGCAGGCUUACAUCGUCAUCUUAGCGUUGAUACGUCAAUCGGAAGUUUGAAACGUUUCAUCGAUUGCCAGAUUGCGUAUCGUUUCGUUAUACCGUCAGGAGCUUAUAUCGAUAUGGAUAGGUGA